GCUAGCUGCUGUCGUGUGUGUCGAUGACAGUCGCGUUGUCAUCUGUUCGGAGUGAUCGUGCGAUGUUACUUGAGGAGCUAACCGGGCUACCGGCGGCCGAUACUUAACGUCGCGCAGUGCGUUUUUCGUGAGACUGUGAGUUACAUAAAAGUAAAAGAAAAACAAAAGAAAAUAACGAAACGCUAACAGACACGUACCGAGAAAGAGACGAGAAGUGAGAAAAGACAGUGUGAGAGAGCGUGAAAGACAGAGAGGGAGAGAGAGAGAGAGAGAGGACGGGCAUUUGCGGAACAGGACUUCAUCGUGCCCACGGCCGAAGUAACGUGGAACUUCGGUUCCACGUACCGCCGUUGGUCGGUUCCGGCUACUUUUCUCUCGGUUCUCACGACGAAUCUCCAAGUCACGCGGAGAGCGAAGGAAAAAACGGACCGUCGCGGUAGCACCGUGCGCGGCAGUGCAGCAGCAGCGUACCAAGAUGCUGUCGUCAGUGUCAGCGAAAUAAUAAUGUGGUGCGACGUCAGUCAGCAUAAAACUAAUGAAAGGGAAGAUGUUUUGGGCCUAAAGAGUUGUGCAAUGAUGGGUCUGCAGGCGACGGCAGGAAAACGCAAAUUGGAGGGUGGUGUCGGCUGUAUGGAAUUCCACAUGGACUUAGGCGAGAGUCCGUCGAAGCUCGGGCGCGUGGAUGGUAGCUGGUGGGCGAUGGACGACAGUUACGGGCCGCCCCUGAACCAGACAUCAACGUCAUAUUACGAGAUGGAAGUGAGCUCGCCCUGCCUACAGGCGACGAACUCGUGCCAGCCCUCGUCGACGAGUUCUCCGCAGUCGCAACAGCAACAGCAGCAGCAACAAUCCCCGCAACACCCGUCGCAACACCAUCCAUCUUCCCAAUCGCCGCAACAGGCACAGCAACAGCAGCAGCAGUCGCAACAACAGCAACAGCAGCAACAACAACAAUCGCCGGCGUCAUCCUCGACAUCGGCCUCGUCCACAGUGACACAGUUGCAUCAUCAUACGCAACAUUAUUAUCACCAUCAGCGCGCCACCGUUAGUCCUAUCGGCAGCAACGGUUACAGCCAGCUAUCGAGAUCUCAACCACAAUGGGGCGCUCUUCAUCAUUACGAGCCACCAACGAUACGUCGAGAGGAAAACGGCAAGAGCUAUCUGGAGCUCGGUUCGAGUUACCGGGCGAACGAGCGGUGUUGCGAAGGUUCAAAGUCCAGCUGGUGUCGGCGCGGCCGGGCCUGUUACAGGCAGCGGCGACUCGCCGUGCUUAACAUUUCAAUGUGCAAACUCGCCAGGUACCGCCAAUUCCCGGAUCCGAGCCUCCACCGAUCGGUACUGAUCUGCAAUACUUUGAGACACUUAGAACGUGAGAUGGAAAGGGACAGGAGUCCACCACCUAUGGAGCCGGUCGUGCCGGCGCCAAUCGCUCAACUGCAACCGCCCGAACAGGGUAGGUUAACACCUUUCCCUGUGCCCCCAACGUCGUCGGGUGAGACUGACGUCGAUUCUGGCAUCGGUGACAGCGACGACAGCCGAUCGAUCAAUUGGGGUAGUGUACUAUCUUUAUCGAGUCAGUCGCCGCUCGACCCGCUCAACAACAACGAAUUACUGGAUGUGGACAUUGGGCCCGAUCUCGACCUGGAUUUUAUGCCCGGGUGGAAACUGACGCCUCUUUCAGCGGAUGACAUUCUGAGAAGUACAACGACGACCCAGGAACAGCACCAUCACCACCACCACCACCAUCAUCAUCAUCACCAUCAACAUCAUCAUCACCAACAGCAACAGCAGCAGCAGCAGCAGCAGCAGCAGCAGCAACAGCAACAUCUGAUGUCGUCGGGGAGCAGUUGCGGCAGCAGCNNCGGUAAUAGCAAUGUCAUUGGAAGCGCCGGCGUCAGCAACGUUGGUAGCAGCAGUAGUACGCACGAGUCGUUGAUGUGUGUAGGAUCAUAGCCCUCGACUUUGACGUCGUUGAGUCAUCUCAUCGAUUUCUAUCCGCUAACGCCGCAGGGCAAAUAAGUCCGCUGAUAGCCAACGCAGCUCGCGAUCCGCAGUUCGUGGAUUCUGAAAAGGCGCACGGGCGAGAGGCGAUGGUGAAUAUGGAUCUCUCGCCCACCCUCUGGAGCGCUCGACGUCCGGCCGGCGACUCUCGAGGAGCCGCCUUCACUUUCUGUUUCACGUUAAUUUAUUGUCGCGUCAAUUACACGUGUACACACUAAUACAUACAAAUGGACACGUACAUCGAUACCGAUACAA